UUGGUCGCUAAUCCUCCGAUCUAGCACCUCUCAGACACUACAUUCCUUCUCUACCGCUGGUCGGGGCGCUUGGGACACGUGCCUGAGAAUCCCGUUCUCCGGAGUCUCAGCGACCAUUCAACCUCUCUCCUCGCGGUCUACUUCCCCCCCUCCCUCGACGUAAUACAAGCAGCAUCAUCAUCGGUAUGGACAACUCACAGGCACCGCAGCAGGCUCAGGCGCAGGCCCCUGCAGCCCAACCGAUGAUGCCUCAGCAUUCGAACCUGAUCCGGACGGACCAGGUCCAGAAGCUUCCCCAUCUCAAUGACCAGCAGAAAGCCCAACACACCCAGCUAGUGCGGACCCUCUGGGAACACCUCAACACGCGAGAUCCUCAAAGUCCCGAAUACCAACAGGCUCACGGUCGGCUCACCCAAAUCUCUCAGAAUCUUAUGAAAGGCAUGCGCGCGUUUCAGCAAAACCGUCAGAUGCAACAUCAACAAAUGCAAGCGUCCGCGGCGCAACAAGGCCAACCCGUUCAACGGUCGCAGUCGGUCAAUCCUCAGACUUUUGCGCAGCUCCUUCCGCAGAUUCAGCAGAAAGUCAACACCCUCCAAUUCUUCCUCCCUCCCAACAUCAGCAACGAACAGGCCCAGACCUGGCUCCCGGAGGCCAAGCUACGAUAUGGGAUUGCACUGCAGAAACAGGAAAUCGGGCGGGCGCGCAUCGCAGACCUCCGGCAACAGUUUGCGACACGUCAGGCCGCGGGGAACAUGACCCAAGACGAGGUCCAGGAAUUUAAAAAUCGGCAGCUUGCGGCGGAGAAGCUGUACCGGGAGGGCAGCGACUUUCUGAACAAGUUCAAGGAGCAGCAGGACACCUUUAAGGCUCAGCAGCAGAGAGCUGGAGUGCAGCAGCAUGUUCCUGCCCAGCCACACCCUCAACAAGGCGCGGCUCCAGUGGCGACCGGCCCAGGAGGAGGUGGUGGUGGUACAUCAGCCGACGGCCGUCCACCCAGCGUGCCGGGCACCAUGCAUCCAGGCCAGACUCCGACCCCGGCGCCUCACACCAUUACAUCUGCCGUCUCCGCUGCUCGCAGUCAAGCCGGACAGACUGCCAUGUCUCCCUCCACCUCUCAGCCAGGCCAGACCCCGACUGCUCAGGGCCCCGGUACUACCGCGCCUGCCGUUCCAGCAGCUGUCACUCCGCAACCACCGCAGCAACAAGCACCCCAGCCACCGCCCCAGACCCAGGCACAGUCACAGCAGGGUCCCCCCGGCUCUCAAGUCACCUUCACUCAGGUCCCGAACGUGGACGGCUCGACGCCGACCCCUACUCCGGCCCAGACGAUGGUCCAAGGGCCUCCCCGCCCCCUGUCUCAGCAGGCUGCCAUGGCCCAGGCUGCACAGAAUUACUCCAACAACAACGUCAAUAACAACAACAUGGGCCAGCAGCAGAACAUGGCUCAGCCCGGUGCCAACUCCCAUGCCCAUCCUCCUGGCUACAUUCCCAACCGUUCGGCUGAUAACUCGGCGCGUAACAUCAACAUGGCGAUCCCUAAGAACUUGAACGUGCCUCCUCCGGAGCCCGUCAACAUGGCUCCUGCUCGACCGACCUUGUCCGGCGGUCCCAGCCACGCUGCGGUCGGUGUCAUGAACCAGCCUGCGAUCCAGAAACACCCGGGCUACGUGCUCGAAGGCGAAGGCCAGCGCGUCCUGAGCAAGAAGAUGCUGGAUAUCCUCGUUCGUCAGGUCACUGGUGGUGGAGAAGGCGAAGGACUCACUCCUGACGCCGAAGAGUUCAUCCUUCAAAUGGCCGAUGACUUUGUCGACGACGUGAUCACCGAUGCCUGCCGUCUGGCCAAACUUCGUCCGUCCUCGACCCUUGAGAUCCGCGACAUCCAGCUCGUCCUGGAGCGCAAGUACAACAUGCGCAUCUCCGGCUUCUCCACGGAUGACCUGCGCACUGUCAAGAAGCCUCAACCCACUCAAGGCUGGACUCAAAAAAUGUCCGCCAUUCAGGCUGCCAAGGUUACACAGGGCAAAGCCGAGUGAUUCACAACCAGCCACCAACGGCUUACAUGUUUCUUUUUCAUUACGACUUCACGCGUGGGCUUUCUUUCGGUGUGCAUGUGGGUUGACUCUACUAUCAAGGCGAUGACCGGGAUCUGGCUGGAUGUUAUCGAAGAUUGGUUUGCAGUAUUGCACUGGUUCGCACUGGUUCGCACUGGGGUUUUACCACAUAAAAUGUCUUGGCAGCACUUUUUUCCUGAUCCUGAUCACUAUUCUCAGGUGGCGUUAGGGGGCUUUGGGUGGCUUUUUUCUUCUCACUCUUCUUUUCACGUUUCUACCUUUCCCCAACAAUCACACCCCAUCAAU